AUGCUUCGGGUAUGCAUGUCAUGUUAUGCUUUCUUGAAUCCUAUUAAACUGAAAAGCAUCAGUCAGCUUUCUAGAGUCACUUCAUUAGAGACCAGUUCGAUGAUAUUAGCUGCGCUGCUCUCAUUGCGAGUAGCCAGCUCCGCAUAUUUUUCUCAGUUUUCCAUGAGAGAGCCUAAUCAUGACCCAUGUUAUGAACCAACUGGAAGACCAAUUCGAUGUGUGCCAGAGUUCAUAAAUGCGGCUUUUGGUAAACCAGUGAUCGCCUCCAGUACUUGUGGGAUGAAUGGGCCCUCAAGAUUUUGUACGGUCAACGAAGGAGCGGAUGGUGUCAUGCGAGAAAAUUGUGAUGUGUGUGACGCCUCACAACCCUCACAAUCCCACCCUGCAUCGCUCAUCACUGAUUUCAACGCACCUGGAAACAUGACAUGCUGGGUUUCUGAACCCUCACUCGAAUCCUACAACGUUUCACUUACUUUAUCUUUGGGGAAAAAAUUCGAACCUACAUAUCCAUGUACUUCGUUCACACUUGCCUCGAUUCCAAUGGCAUGUACCAAGUCAACGGAUCACGGGAAGACAACGUGGAUUCCUUUUCAGUAUUACUCAUCUGAUUGUCGGUCCGUGUUCGGAAGAGCACCAGACGUGGUCAUCACUAAGCAUAACGAACAGGAAGCGUUGUGCACUAACUCACACAACCUGGCUCCGAGGGCAAACCGUAUCGCUUUCCCAUUCCUGGAGAAUCGUCCAUCUGCUGUAUUUUUUGAAUCAUCUCCUGUGCUACAAGACUGGGUGACGGCAACAGAUAUUCGCAUUCAAAUCAUUCACGUAGGUUCACCCCAGACGGAUUCAUUUGGCGUAUCCAAUGAUGUGAACGAUUUGUCAAACAAUACUGCCGGCGAGAACAACAGCGAUGGUAUCUUCUUUGCAAUAGGAGAGCUAGCUGUUGGCGGCAGAUGUAAUUUACCUGUGAUUGCAAACAUAAUACGGUUUGGGAGUGAAUGCGAAACUUGCAAGCCUUUCCACUUUGAUCGACCCUGGAGACGAGCAACAUCUCAAGCGGGAAUGCUUGCCGUAGCAUGUAACUGCAAUAUGCACGCGAAGCGGUGUCGAUUCGACCAGGAACUCUACCGACUAAGCGAGAACAGCAGACUCGGAACAAAUGGAUUCGAGUCGAGUAAAUUACAUGUCACCAUGCGAGAAAUGGUGGUAGCUGGGGUGACGAACGACGAUGGAGACGAAUCCAUAGGCGAGCACCUAGUACUGAGACCUUGCUAA